AAUAUAACGAUCAUAUAUGCCAAGCAGCUAAUGGAGGUCGUACUUAGGGAACGCAUCCCUGGUUCCCGUGCUAAAAGUCCACAGACGUGCCGUUUCUGACCCACUUGACAUCACUCACCUCCACAAUACACGAAAACUGGAGUGAGAUACCUAACGAUGUCGACAGUCACAUUGCCAUUCCUAGUGGUGCAACCAACCAAAGCACAUACAGCAACAGUGAUUUGUGUACAUGGUGUCGGUGACGAUGGCAGAGGAUGGAGUCCCGUCACAAAGGAGCUCGCGCCUGCCCUCCCGCACGUCAAGUGGGUUCUUCCCCACGCACCGCAGCGACCCGUAACAAUAUACAAUAAAGAAUGGCUCCGUGCCUGGUUCGAUUUGACAUCGUUUGCCUUCACCGAGACCGAGGAUGCACCAGGCAUGUUUGACUCGGUACGCAAGCUGGACGCGCUUGUCAAGGCAGAGGUCGAAGCUGGCAUCCCACAAGAGCGUAUUGUCCUCAGUGGAUUUUCGCAAGGUGGUGCAAUAGUACUCCUUUCUGGUCUCGGAGGGCGCGCAGUACGCGACGGAGGCGAGGGCUGGAAACUUGCUGGCGUCGCAGUGAUGAGUGGGUGGCUGCCAUUACGAGAUCGUUUCAAGUCCCUCAUUUCCCCGCACGCACUAACAAUGCCGGUUUUUUGGGGGCAUGGAACAGACGACCCACUUGUGAGAUAUAGCUUCGGGCGAAAGUCGGCGGAGAUAUUGAAGGACCAAGUCGGUCUAGCGUUAAGGUGGGGUGAUAAAGGAGAGGCGGAACGCGCGGCCUUCGGGAGCGCUGGUGUGAGUUUUAUGGGGUAUGAUGGUGUACUACACGCGUCAUGUUCCAAGGAGCGUGCCGACCUGAAGGAGUUUUUAAAAAGAGUAAUCCCUGACAAUCAGAGCUAUUAGACUGAGAUUAAGUUGCUAUGUUAUCAUUUGUUUUCUUGUUCUUGAUAGGUUGCAUACCACGUUACAGUCGAUCAUAGGAUUUU